GAAGGAGUCAACUGGUUUGCCAACGGACAAUUUACACCGAAGAAGCGAACAUUUCUGGCGGGUGAAAUUAGUGUAUCAGUAUCAGAUUACAUGCGAUGUCUGACUCUGAGAAAAGCAUCUCCGAAUUAUUGAGAGAGGCAGCCAACCGCCUCGAUGGGAUGGUGAUGCGACAGCCACCGUCUGACGUUAGAGCUGCUGGAUUGGGCACCCCAAGCCCAAGAACCCCUGUCCAAGCGGAAGUGGCGAGACUAUUCGCCCCUUACAGUGCUAGGCAAGCAAUGCCUUCACUAAGACCCCAUUCUUUGGGACCUCCAGCAAAAAGACUGUGUCGCACUGCUCGCACAAUCUACUCACACUAUUUUCUUUGCUUGAGCGACCAUACGGUAGACAAAGUUCCAGGAAAGAUGGAAAAAUGGGAUUUAACAACUGCUGGACUUGGAGAGAAACGGCUCUCAUUUCAAGUAAGAGAUGAUGAUCCUACAAACUUUAGGGCCAAAAUUGAGGAUGCCUUUCCCCAGUUAAAAGACACAGGGGGGUUCCAAUUACUGAGGAUUUUGGGGACAACACGCAGCCGGGAUUUAACCCUAAUCACAAGCCCAGAUGAAGGCUACACGGUGCGGUAUCUCUCCAGCCCUGGGACCGGCAUUGGCCAAGCCAUGAUUUACAUCAGGCCAUUGCAGAAGAGUAUUGUUUUGGAAUGUGUAAGUCUGUCAUUAGGUUGUUCACAUUUUACCAGUAAAUGUAUGUGUGAGCCAUUUCUACUUGCAUUUAAAUACUAAUGUAAUUUAGCAGUUAAAGCUUUGAUUUAAUAGUUUUUUAUUAUGUAGACCCCAACAUCCCUGCAACCAGGACCACUGACGAGAUGCUUAGCCUGUGACGAGGAUUUCCCCUUAAAUCAGAUGAGAAAUCACAUUUUUAUGUUCCCAAGCUUGCCCAGUGUUGCUCCAGUUCCUUCUGUUGACACUCAGAGUAGGCCAUGGGGAUGAUGGGCCAUUCAUUCCUACACAGUGGACCCUGCAUAUCUGGCCUAAGUCCUGCAAUAACUCAUGUCCUGUUCGGGGGAUCACCAGAAACUACAACAAUCCAAAUUGAGGAUUGCCCUGAUAUUGACAUCCGUACCACUAUCCAGUUGCUGGAGGGCAACGCUGAGUUGACAAAACAGGAAGAGAAAGCUGUCUUUGACCUCGCCUUGUCCUGGGACCUGCCUGGUGUUACGAAAACCAACCGGAAGUGGCUGCAUGAACGGCUUUUAUUCCAUGCUGUGAUUUCACGAACAAGCCGUCAGGUUAAGCAACUGAGAAAAGGACUCAAGGAGACCAUGGUUUGGCCCUUUCUGAAGGAGAGAGCAGACAUCAUUCCCACAUUUCUACCAAGGACUUCAGAAGCUGCUCUCAAUUUUCAUACAGUCAUACAAAGGAUUGUGUGGCCGAUCCUGGAGGAAAAGGAGGAAGAGGAUGAGGAUGAGGACGAAUGCUGCUUGGAGGACAAAUGCAGAGUCGCAGGAUACCUGCGCAUCUUCAUUGAAAAGGCAUCCUGUGCACAGCUCAAAGCACUCCUCCAAUUCUGGACCGGAUGGGAACUUCUACCCAGUGAACUGACGCUGAAAGUGGUCAGCAGCGACUUUCCCAAAUCUGCAACAUGUUUUGAAACGCUCCGUCUUCCUGCACACUGAUUAUGAAGCUUUUGUUACCGACAUUCAGGCCUGCCUCAACUCCGUUGACACAGGCUUUGGUCUUGUUUAGGUUGGACUCAAUGUCACAUGUAUCCCUCAUUACCAGGGAUUAUCAGGUUGUCAGGGUGAUGUCUGUUGUAGUUUUGUUGACAUAUGCCGGAUUGUAAUUUUGUGGGUUAUUGUUGUUCAGCUAAGAUAGCUAAUAUGUGCUAAUGUCAGUAGUCACUUGUUGGUUUCCACACUAUCUGGCAACUUUUGAUCGCUGACAACAUCUUCCACAGAGCAUUCAUUUUGGACCCAUCAACAUUUAAAAAUUGAUUUAUUCACAGGUAGUUCAGUUACAUAGAUAUCUGAAAUGUUUCCAAUGUUUUCUGUUCUAUGUUUGGGCCAUUGUAUUUAGCUCGAGAUGGAAUCAAAUAAAUAAGUGAUCUACAACUUUGAAA